AUGCCUGGGAUUAAAAAACUUCAGGUGGAUGGCGAUUUAAUUCUAGGUGGUCUUUUUCCUGUUCACAAGAAGAGCAAAUUUACCGAGAAUAAAUGCGGUGAAAUCGACUUCCAACCAGGAUUUCAAUACCUGGCAGCUAUGUUGUUUGCCCUACAACAGGUUAACAACAACUCCAAAUUACUUCCGAAUAUCACUCUCGGAGCGACGUUUUACGACACCUGCCGAAGCCAGACGAUCGGAGCCGACCGCGCAAAAGAUAUAAUCAAGUACUCUUUGACAGAACACAAAAAACCUCUGGUAGGAGUUGUUGGUCCUUUCACGAGUGAUGUCUCCAUCGCAGUAGCGAAUCUUCUGCGAGUUUUCGAGAUUCCACAAGUAAGUUAUGGCUCGACGAGUGCUGAAUUAAGUAAUAAGGAUUUGUACGGAAACUUUUUCAGAACAGUGCCACCGGAUUUAUUUCAAGCCCAAGCUCUUGUUGAUGUAAUAAAACAUUAUGAAUGGAACUACAUUCACACGAUUCAUUCCCACGGACAUUACGGGGGAAAGGGCAUGGAAAUGUUUAGUAAAUUUGCUAGAGAGUCGGGUAUAUGCAUCGCAAAGGCUGCUAGCCUACCACUCCUUCCCGACGAUAACAGCUACAAAAACGUUCUCGAACGUUUAGUACGCCAUAAAGAAGGGCAGGCUCACGUCAUAGUGCUGUUCACUACACAGCCCGACUCUGCUGGUCUGCUGCAAGCAGCAAAGGCGUUGGAUGUAAGAGAUUUUACCUGGCUAGGCAGUAGCGGUUGGAGUAAUCGAAUUGAUGUCACAGAAGGAAAAGAAGAAGUUGCGAAUGGAUCCCUGACCGUGGGGCACCUUGAGGGUGACGUUAAUGGUUUCCUGGAAUUUUUGACAAAUCUCAACAGAACGACGUUACCUUUUAAAACAAACGAAGCACAUAAUCAAUGGCUUGACGAGGUCUUGCAAUCAGUUCUCAAGUGUGAAAUUGCAAAUGUUUCGCCACCAAAUUCGCCAGACGUUUGCAGCGUUGUUGCAUCGCUGCCAAGGGAUGUGGAACUUGCGCCUGUUCGUGUCGUAGUAAACGCCGUUUACGCCAUAGCAUACGCUCUUAGUGAUAUGCACAGAGAUCUUUGCUUGGGAAAGAUAGGAUUAUGUGAUAGUAUGAGAGAAAAACUUCAAGGCAAGUUUAUUACUUACUUGAAAAAUGUGACCUUUCCCGAUGCGGCGUUCAACUCGAGUGUAAGCUUUAACGUGAACCAAGAAAUGGACGGAGCUUAUAGCAUCAUCAAUUUUCGGGAAGGCGAACAGGACGAAUGGAAGUAUUUUGUGGUAGGUUCUUGGAAGUCAUUUAAAUCAUCUCAACACGGACAAUUAAAAAUCAACGAUUCUUUAGUGUCAUGGGGAAUUGUGCCCAGCAGACCGCCACAGUCGUACUGUAGUAACGCUUGUAGUUCCACUGAGAUACUGGAGCGGAAAUCAGUUAAUCGGCAUUGCUGCUGGGAUUGUAAACGCUGUAAAGCUUAUCAAGUGAUAGUAAACAACACUUGUCGUACAUGCAACAUGGGUUAUAUUCCUGACAAAAGCCUGUCUCGAUGUACAAAGCUUACAAUUUCUAAUCCUGAAUGGACUGAUCCUGCACUGACAAGCCUCGCUGUAGUUUCUGGGGUUUGGAUUCUUGUUGCCAUAGGAACAUUUGUUUUUUACGUCAUUAAUCGGGAGCACAGUGUUAUCAAAGCAGCUGGCAGGGAGCUUUCCCUCCUAAUAUUCAUAGGAGUCAUCUUGUGCUUUUCUUCAUCCUUUACCUGCAUGACUAAACCAACUGAUUUAGUAUGCACAAUACACCGUUACCUCGAAAGUCUUUGCUUUACAAUGGUGUACGCCCCGUUGCUAAUUAAAACAAACCGUAUCUAUCGAAUCUUUACACGUGCAAGACGAACCGCAGCGAAACCACCCCUUAUAAGGCCAAAGUCUCAGAUACUUAUAUCACUGGGUCUAGUGGCAGUACAGCUCAUGAUAACAACUGUGUGGAUUAUUUCAGAUUCACCAACGGCCAUUAUUAAGUACCCUUCUUUGGACAAAGCAGAACUAAUAUGCUCAGAGAGUAUACUUAACGUUUUAGUAGAUAAGUGUUAUAAUAUCAUUCUAAUGUUUCUUUGCACCGUUUUUGCCUUCAAAACGCGAAAUUAUCCAAGAAAUUUUAAUGAAGCAAAACACAUUGGAAUCACAAUGUACAUAACGUGUUCUAUUUGGAUAAUAUUUAUACCAACUUAUUUUAACUUAAAUGACUCCGAAUGGAGAGUAAUCGUGGGUUGUACUUUGUUCAUCGUAGCUGGCAGUGUUAAUCUCGUGGGGCUGCUUCUUCCCAAAGUCGUUAUUAUCGUUUCAGCUAAAGCAUCCCAAGAAACCGUCCACGUUUCAGCUGAAUCAGCUGAAGAAAGGGGUGAAUUAACGAUAUCAACUUUAAGAGAUGCUAGCACAAUGUUUUCAAGAUACAAUGCAACGUCCGGUGAGAUGCAGGAGGAAAUUUUAAGUAAAAACUUUAGGGAACAGAUACAAGCCGGUCCUUUAACGCAAAAGUGA